CUGAUCUCAAGCUUUUCUGUUUGUGUUUCUUCUAGGGAACUGUUUUCACCAUCUCAGAAAUACCAGCUCCUUGUAUAUCAUGCAGACUCUCUCUUCCAUGAUAAAGAAUAUAGAAAUGCUGUAAGUAAGUAUACAAUGGCCUUGCAGCAGAAAAAAGCAUUAAGUAAAACUUCAAAAGUAAGACCUUCUACUGGAAAUGCUGCAUCAACUCCCCAGAGCCAGUGUUUGCCAUCUGAAAUUGAAGUGAAAUAUAAAAUGGCUGAAUGUUAUACAAUGCUGAAGCAAGAUAAAGAUGCCAUUGCUAUUCUUGAUGGGAUUCCUUCCAGACAGAGGACCCCAAAGAUCAAUAUGAUGUUGGCCAAUCUGUACAAGAAAGCAGGUCAAGAACGCUCAUCUGUUACGAGCUACAAAGAAGUACUGAGACAGUGCCCUUUAGCACUUGAUGCCAUACUAGGCCUGCUCUCGCUGUCGGUGAAAGGUGCAGAAGUGGCCUCCAUGACCAUCAACAUAAUUCAGAGUAUUCCCAACUUGGAUUGGCUUUCCGUGUGGAUCAAGGCAUAUGCUUUUGUGCAUACUGGAGAUAACACAAGAGCAAUAAAUACCAUUUGUUCUCUAGAGAAAAAGUCAUUGCUGAGGGAUAACGUAGACUUACUGGGGAGCUUAGCAGACCUGUAUUUCAGAGCUGGAGAUAAUAAAAACUCUAUUCUAAAAUUUGAACAAGCGCAAAUGCUGGAUCCUUACCUAAUAAAAGGAAUGGAUGUAUAUGGUUAUUUAUUGGCACGUGAAGGUCGACUAGAGGAUGUGGAGAACUUGGGCUGCCGUCUCUUCAAUAUUUCUGAUCAACAUGCAGAACCCUGGGUGGUAUCUGGGUAAGUUGUUUUCUUUCUUUUCUUACCUCAACUUUUGAUUUGCUGCCUGCAUAACAGGGUUCAACCUCGCCUGCUUAAAGGAGCUGCUCUUAGGAAUAUGGGCCGAGUACAGGAAGCAAUUAUACACUUCCGUGAAGCCAUACGGCUUGCACCUUGCAGGCUGGAUUGCUAUGAAGGUCUCAUCGAAUGUUACCUGGCAUCCAACAGCAUUCGUGAAGCCAUGGUCAUGGCAAAUAACGUGUAUAAAACUCUGGGAGCAAAUGCACAGACACUCACUCUGUUAGCAACAGUCUGUCUGGAAGACCCAGUCACGCAGGAAAAAGCAAAAACUUUAUUGGACAAGGCGCUAACGCAAAGACCUGAUUACAUUAAAGCUGUGGUAAAGAAAGCAGAACUUCUUAGUAGAGAGCAAAAGUAUGAAGAUGGAAUUGCUUUGCUGAGGAACGCGCUGGCGAAUCAGAGUGACUGUGUUCUGCACCGAAUACUGGGAGACUUUCUUGUAGCUGUCAACGAGUAUCAGGAAGCGAUGGACCAGUACAGUAUUGCCCUGAGUUUGGAUCCAAAUGAUCAGAAGUCACUAGAAGGAAUGCAGAAAAUGGAAAAAGAGGAAAGUCCAACAGAUGCAACCCAGGAAGAAGAUGUGGAUGAUAUGGAGGGAAGCGGAGAAGAGGGCGACUUGGAAGGCAGUGACAGUGAAGCUGCUCAGUGGGCAGAUCAAGAACAGUGGUUUGGCAUGCAGUGAUGGCCUCUCAUCCCGCUGCUUCGUUUGGCACUUGCACAUACAACUAGGGCCAUUCUUUGAAGAACAUAAACUAUUAUUUUUGCAGUAACAAAGGACUUUUUUUUUUUUCUUUUCCUUUUUUUUUUUACGAAGUAGACUCUGAAAUCGUUUAAUAGUUCUGUGCGUCUCAAUGCCAUGAAGAUUCUUGAUGCUUCUUAUUUAUUAAGCGUAAGGGACUAACUGGAUUGGAGGUUAUUUGCAACUUUCAUUUCAAAAAA